UCGUUAGGAUUUCUUGUGUUUCUUCCAAAACGUCGUCGUUUCGUUUGACCGAUUAACCUAGAAAAGUUUUGCUCUUGACUCUUUGAGUCAUUUCUGAAUUAGUUUGGAUAAAGAUGGCUAAAAGAAUCUCAGCUCAACUCUUCGUAAGCAGGUUAUCUGCUUAUACUACAGAUCAAUCUCUGAGGCAAUUGUUUUCUCCUUUUGGUCAGAUUAAAGAAGCUCGGCUUAUUAGAGAUUCUGAAACACAGAGACCAAAAGGAUUCGGCUUUAUUACAUUUGAGUCUGAAGAUGAUGCACGAAAGGCAUUGAAAAGCUUAGAUGGGAAGAUUGUAGAAGGUAGACUAAUAUUUGUGGAAGUAGCCAAGAGCUCUGAGGAAGUGACAACGGAUAUUAACAGUAAGAAAGCCGAGGACCGCGGAUGAUUUGAGCAUCGACACUCAUUGUUAUCAUGUAGACUUGUUUACAGAAUUGAUCUGAGAUCAUCAGUUUCAUGUUUCAAGUGGAUGCAAUUUGUGAAAUAUGGUUUGUAGAAUAAUCUGUGACAAUAUACGUUCCUUCUUUAACUGAUUUGGGCCUAUUUUGUCAAA